CAUGGUUGUAGAAAGAACCAAUUCCUCCUCUGUUCCAUCUUCAUCUCGACCUCAAUAUACAUACGAUGUGUUCUUGAGCUUUAGAGGCAAAGACACCCGUGAUAAUUUCGUCAGUCAUCUUUACACUGCGUUGGCUCAGAAGGGGAUUCACACCUUCAAAGAUGACGAAAAGCUCGAGAGAGGAAAAGUGAUUUCGCUGGAGCUCCGGAGGGCUAUUCGAGAAUCGAGGUUUUCAAUUGUGGUUUUAUCGAAGAAUUACGCUUCUUCGAGAUGGUGUUUGGAUGAACUUGUGGAGGCACUUGAAUGCAGCAACACAACUGUUUAUCCGAUAUUCUAUCAUGUGGAUCCAAAGGAAGUGAGAUGGCAAAGAGGGAGUUUUGGGGAGGGAUUUGCAAAAUUGAUUUCCAAACAGGGAGUAUUGGAGAUGGAGAAUGUUCAAAGGUGGAGGAAUGCUUUGGAGCAAGUUGCCAAUUUAUCAGGAUGGCCUUAUCCUAGUGAUACCGUCAUUAGGGAAACUAUAUUUAUAUUUUUGAUGAAUAAAUUUAUUACUGUUUCCCUAAAUCUGCACAGGUCUGAAUCAAUGUUCAUCCAAGAAGUUGUCGGGAUACUUUUUAGAAAAUUAAUUGAUACAUAUUCAAACAUUGGCAAAGACCUAGUUGGGAUGGUUUCUCGUACGGAGAAAGUGAUUGAAUUGCUUGGUUUAGGGAUGGAUGACGCUCAUGUUGUAGGGAUUUGGGGAAUGGGUGGAAUAGGUAAGACUACUAUUGCGAGAACUGUUUAUGAUUGUAUCUCUUGGCAAUUUGAUGGUUGCAGCUUUAUUGAGAAUGUUAGAGAAGUUUCAAAAAAGGGUGGUUUAAAAACUUUGCAAGAACAACUCAUUUCUGAAAUCUUAAUGGAAAAGGAUUUGAAAGUAGGAAGUUAUGGUCGUGCAGUACAUAUGAUAAGGAAUAUGGUAUGGCAUAAAAAAGUUCUUAUCGUACUUGAUGAUGUGGAUGAAUCAACCGAACUCGAAAAAUUGGUAGGAGAGCACGAUUGUUUCGGUUUUGGAAGUAGAAUCAUUAUAACCACUCGAAAUAAUCAUGUGUUUACUAGAUAUGACAUAACACAUAUUUAUGAGGUUGAGGAAUUAAGAGAAGAUAAAGCUAUGGAACUCUUUAAAUCGAAAGUCUUCAGGAAACACCAGCAAAUGGAAGGCUAUGGAGAGCUUGUAUGUCGUGCAAUAAACUAUGCUAAAGGAGUUCCUUUAGCUUUGAAAGUUUUAGGUUCUUUUCUUUGUGGUCGAAACAAAGCUGAAUGGGAAAGUUCGUUAAACAAACUAAAAGAAAGCCCUAUGAAGGAAGUUGAAAGAGUACUUAGAAUAAGUUACGAUGCAUUGGAUUGGCACGAGCAGCAAAUAUUCUUAGAUAUUGCAUGUUUUUUCAAAGGGAAUGACAAAGAUAAGGUUAUACAAGUACUAGAAAGUUGUUGCUUCCACCCAAUUAUUGGAAUAGAAGUUCUUGUUCAAAAGUCUCUUAUUACUAUCUCAGACAAUAAGCUGUUGAUGCACGAUUUGAUACAAGAACUAGGAUGGUAUAUUGUUUUCCAGCAAUCACCUGAAGAGCCUGGAAAGCGCACUAGGUUAUGGCUUGAUAAAGAUAUAAAACAUGUAUUGAUGGACAACACGGGAACAAACAAAGUGGAAGGCAUAGUUAUGCAGUAUAGUGACCUAAGAGGUCCAAAUCCAAAGGACAAUCGGCUUCUAAAACAAUUGAAGUUGAGGCCUAGUGCUUUUGCAAAGAUGUCAAACUUGAGGGUUCUCAAAAUUUGUUGUAUGCAUCUCUCAGAAGAACUCAAAUAUCUUUCUAACAAGUUAAGUUAUCUUGACUGGUUAGGAUACCCUAUGAAAUACAUGCCUUCGACAUUUCAACCGGAGCAUCUUGUUGAACUUCACUUAACCUAUAGCAGCAUUGAACAACUUUGGGAGGGAACAAUGCAUCUAGGCAAGUUAAGGAUCAUAAAUCUUAGUCACUCGACAUAUCUAACGAAGAGCCCAGACUUCACAGGGGUCCCAAAUCUUGAAAGACUGAUUCUUGAAGGCUGUACAAGUUUGGUUAAUCUUCAUCCAUCCUUUGGAAUUCUGAGAAUGCUUAUUUAUUUGAACUUAAGGGACUGCAAAAGUCUCAAGAGUCUUCCAGACAACAUUUGUGAGUUAAAAAAUCUUAGAACUUUAAUCCUUUCUGGUUGCUCCAAACUUGACAAAUUGCCGCAAAACUUGGGUGUUUUGGACUGUUUAUAUGAGCUUUAUGCAGAUUGGACUGCAAUUAGACAACUCCCAUCCUCCAUUGGACUUCUGAAGAAUCUUGGAAUACUAACGCUAGAAGGGUGUAAAGGAAUAUCAUCUAAUUCAUGGAGUUCUUUCUUCUUGCAUUUCAUUUUAGGAAGAGAGAGACAUAAUUCCAUGGCUUCUGAACUAGCAGCUUUGUCAGGGUUGAAGUCUUUACGGGCACUAGAUCUCAAUUACUGUAAUUUAAAAUCUAUCCCCACAGCCAUUUGUCACAUCUACUCAUUGGAAUCUUUACAGCUAAGUGGAAACAAUAUGGAAAGUUUACCUGCAAGCAUGAAUCAACUUUCAAGGCUGUCGGACUUGUUUUUGGAUGGUUGCAAGAAGCUUCAAGAAUUGCCAGAGAUUUCAUCUGGAAUACGUUACCUAUCUGCUAUUAAUUGCUCAUCAUUAAGAACAAUAUGGAGUCUAUCCAAAUAUAACGAUUUUGACGGACUAUGUUUAUUUUAA